AGACAACAGCAACAGCAGCAGUAAGGCUGACGGCAGCUGGAGCCCAGACCUGAGUCGAGGCUGGGAGAGGGGCAGGGUGUCCAAGUCCCCUCCUCAAGUGACUUGCAGGCAAGUCCUCUCAGCACACAGCGCCUACAGCCAGGGCUCGUCCACAACCACAAGCGCCUUCUCUCCCUCGGGGCCAGUACUUCCCGUUCCCGGCUUCAGACAAGAUCCUGACCUAAGGACUUGUAACAGCCGAGACAAAGCCCAGAGAUGGAAGCAGACAAGGUCACAGAAGAGCCUCAUACCACCAUGGAUGCGGAAGAGAGCCUUUCUUCAAAGGACCCCUCUGCUGAGGACUCACAGGAGCCCCCUAUCCCUGAAAUCCCCUUAGAGCCUGCCCUCUCUGAAACCCCUUUAGAGCCCCUUGCCUCUGAAUCUCAUAUGGUGCCAUCCAUUUCCCAGAUCCCUUUAGAGACCCACACCUCUGAAACCCCUUUGGAGCCUUCCAUCUCUGAGAUUCCUUUAGAACACUCUGCCUCUGAGGUCCCUUUGGAGACCCCUACCCCUGAGACCCAGUUGGAGACUCACAUCUCCAAGGACCCAGAGAAACACCUUAUUUUUCAGACCUCAUCACUAAGCUGUGUCUCUGUGUCUUCCUCUGAUUAUCUGAAGGAAGCCUUCUCUGAGUCUUCCUCCAGUGAGGGCUCAUGGACAAGGAGGUCUAUCCAGACCUCUGAAUCUGAGAGCCUUCCAAAGCACUCCCUUUCAGGCCUUCCAGCCCAGGUCCACCUGGACACAUCUGCAAAAGAUGGGGAAGAGGAAGAAGAGGGAGAGAAAGGGGUGGCUGCCACUGACAGCACCGCUCACGCAGCUCAGCCUGAACACCAGCUGGACAAGAAGAAGGGGAAGAAAGGAGUCAGCUGUUACACCAUCCACCCAGUGGUCCCUGCUGAGCAGGCAGACCUGGUGGAAGUGACUAAGGCAAUGCGCAAAGGGAAGUUUGGUGCUCAGGUGAAUUAUCUUUUCCAGUGGGAGAAGGAGGCAGCCCUGAAUGCCAUCCAAACAGGUCUCUAUAUUGGCUGGCGCUGCCCCCAUUAUCUAUGGGACUGUUUCCGGAUUGGGGAUGAGUCCAAGUGCUUUUGUGGACACUUGUUGAGAGAGCACCAGAUCAUCUCAGACAUAUCCGUGCCCUGCAAUGUGGGCCAGUGCCGCUGCCUCAUGUUCUGCUUUAUCCCAUCACGCCCAGAGGAGGUGGGUGAGUUCUGGCUCAAGAGACGGGCCACCUUUGACCCCAGGGCUUGGAGAGCCCAAUGUCGCUGCAAACACAGCCACGAAGACCACGCAGCUACCAGGUCCCAUUCCUGCAAGGUCAAAGGCUGUUGGUGCAACUGCUUUGAGUCUAAUUUCCUCUGUGCAGCCGUGACUGGCGCUGGGAAGAACAUGAGACUUUCUUUGAGACUGAGGAGACCCAGCAGUGAGGAGGGAGGCCUCACGGUGAGGGGGCAACCUGGGGUAGAGGCCCACUCCAGGGUCUGUAAUCAGAAGGCCAGGCAGGAAGGCACUCCUGCCCUCAACCACCCCAUCCAGGACUACUUCACCCCUCCCUCCUGCAUCCCAUACCCGCACUGGUUUCCACCCCCAGGAGCAGAUUAUGUGCCUUUCGCGGAGAUGCCUACCCUCCGAGAAGCCAUCAUCAACAACUCUGACUUCGAGGCCCUCCAGGAGAAGCGGCCCUCUGGCCGUCCCAGCUCCCACCCUAGUCCCCCUGGGCUCCCUAGCCCAUACAAUGUCCAGCCUGGCCCCAUAUCUGACCCCUGUACCUGACCCUUUCACCUCUGCUCUUCCCUCCUCCAGGGACAGACACCUGGCACAGGCCUCUGUGAGCCUGGCCCAGAUCAGCAAUAAAGGGAAAGCCACUGGAAUCUGACUGGCUCUGUAUGAGGCAGAUAGAGCCCGGCCCAGGGUAGACACCCUAGGACCUUGGAGUUGGCACCUACAGGGGGUGAGAGAGAGCACCAGGCAGGAGAGAGGCUGGAUCCAGCCAUCUGCCUCCACUGCACCCACGUUCAAACUGCUAGCUCUGGCAUCAGGAGGAGAGAGUGGCUUCAAGGAAGCCAAGGAGGGAGGGGAUUUCAAGAAGGAGCAGUGAUGUUAGACACAGAUAGGGGCUCCAGUAAGACAAAGACUGAAGAGUGUCCAUCAGGUUUUGCAAUCAGAAGGUCUUUGGUAACUUCAGAGGGUGCAGCUUCAGUGGUGCAGUGGACCAAA